AUGUCUAAUGUUUCUGUAAUAUUAUGUGUUCCACAUUUAAUUAAGGAUAAUUGUUACUCCAAUAUUGAUACUGUUACCGAACCAAUGCAAUGUAAUUACUCCACCUUAAUCUUGGUGGUGAACACAAAUAAAUUUGGUGCUUUUAAGCGAGUCGAAGAGAAGAAUGAAAGUCAGCAUAUUAGUGUAAAAAUGGUAGAUAAUAAUAUUUAUAAUGUAGAGUUUGUUGAUAGUAUCCAACAAAACCAAAUGAUUGGCAAUAUGCCUAACUACUGCAUUCCUUUAACAAUUAACGCCAUAACAGUCCAGGGUAUCUCAUACAGUGACCCGUAUUUCAGUAGCUUUAACUUAAAAUAUAAGAUGGCGUUUGGAGCGCCAGAAUAUAUGAACAAGUCUGAUUACGCUUUUAAAUCCUCAGUUUGUAUUAUAAAUGAGCCUUGCAUGGAUAAGACACAACUACUUAACGAAAAGUCUGUUUACAUGAUAUGCAAAUCGAUAACUCGAAUGAAUUCUCAUGAUGACAAGCCUGUUAAAAUAUAUCAUGACAAUAAUGCAUUUGAUGUUGGUGAUCAUGAAUCAACUUCGAAGCGAGCUAUGAAAACUUUUGCGAAUGGUGAUCUCACAUUUGAUGCUAUGCUGGAACUUGUGAAAAGUGAGCAGAAAAUUAUAAAUGAUAUAAAGAGAUGUAAAAUGGUUGAUUCGUGGGGUGUUCCUCUUCACUUACGACUCUGUGGAGGUGGUGAAAGCUCUUUGAAUGCCGCAACUGGGUGGGGCAGUCCACCUACUGCCAAUAAUGCAGGCAAUUGGGGUGGUAAUUCCAGUGGUCAAGCAAAUAAUGGGACAAACAAUACUCAGCAAUGGAACAAUACCGCACAAAGGCCACCUACUUCACAAGCAGAUAUGAACAGCAAUAAGGGCAAUGGCAAUCCAAUGCCUCCUACAAGUGCAGCUGCUGUUCAAAGCUGGCAGAGUUCUCCCCCAAAUAUGCCAAAUGCACAACCCAAUAAUAAUGGUGCACCUACAAGCAAUGGUACAAAUAAUGCUGUAAAUGGUAACAACGGAGGUGGCAACCCUCCUAAUUCAGUCGGAAGUACUAAUGGGCUUUCUGUUACUAAUGGUAAUAAUAGUAACAAUGGAAACACAACAUCAUCUGCUAAAAUAGAACAACUUAACUCAAUGAGGGAAGCCUUGUUCAGCCAAGAUGGCUGGGGUGGCCAACAUGUGAAUCAAGAUACAAACUGGGAUGUGCCUGGAUCUCCUGAGCCUGGUUCUAAGGUCGAGCCCUCAGCAGGUGGACCUCCUGCUUGGAAACCAAAUAUUAACAAUGGUGCAUUCUUGGGAACUGAUUUAUGGGAAGCUAAUUUAAGAAAUGGGGGUCAACCACCACCUCAACCGGCAUCUAAAACCCCAUGGGGACAUACACCUACUACCAACAUUGGUGGCACUUGGGGCGAGGAUGAUGAUGCUGCGGAUUCUGCAAAUGUUUGGACAGGUCCACCUCCACCACAACAGUGGCCAGCUGGACCUCCACAACAUGCCCAACAAUGGGGCGUACCAAAGAAAGAUGAUUGGAAUGCUUGGGGUGAGCCUCACAGACCUGCUGAUCCCAGAUUGGAUCCCCAUCGUUCUCAAGAUCCUAGACAGCAACCCGCCGAUCCACGACAUGAUCUCCGCGGAGGAAUUUCCGGCCGUCUCAAUGGCGAUAUGUGGAGCCAGCAUCAUCAACAUGCAGGUGGUCCAAACAAGAUGAUGCCAUCUGGUGGAGUGAGCCAGUGGGGCGCACAGGGCCCCAAGGAUCCAAUUAAAGCGUCAGGAUGGGAAGAACCAUCUCCACCAGCUGCACGACGCGGUUUUGAUGAUGGCACUUCGUUAUGGGCACAACGAGCAGGUAUAGCGGGUAUGGCCGGCCGUGGAGCCCCGCAGGGCCCUCCAGCUCCUCAAAGAAUUCCGCCAACUCCAACUAAGCCUGAUGCGGUUUGGAGUGCACAUACUCAGCGCAAUGGUUCAUGGGAAGAACCUCACACUCCCGGAUGGCCUGAACGCGAAGUUGCUGGUUGGCCAGAUGCUUCAGGUCCUGGUCUGUGGCCCGUACCGAAGCCUAAGCCUGCAGGUCCUGCUGGCGGUUGGCCUGAUGAUAUUGGUGAAUGGGGUGGACCGAAAUUGCCGCAGAGUGGCCCACUUGGCAAGCAAAUUCCAAAAGAACUGGUGUGGAAUAGCAAGCAGUUCAGGUACUUAGUGGAAUUAGGUUACAAGAAAGAGGAAGUAGAAGCGGCACUUCGUAGCCGCGACAUGAAUGCAGAGGAAGCCCUGGAGUUAUUAGCAGCGGCACGUGGAGAUGGCUGGCGGCGUGAUGACCACUACCACCAUGCUCCAUUUCAACCGCCUACAGUGCCAGCCGUUUCGCCCGCAGUUGUUCAGAAAAUGCUCAAUCAGCCACCACCACAACCAGUGCAGCAUCACCACUCGUACAAUCCUAACAGUGGCAGUGGCAACAGCGGACAACCAAGCACAGCACAGCUACGCAUGUUAGUACAGCAGAUACAAAUGGCAGUGUCAGCUGGCUAUCUCAAUCAUCAGAUCCUGAAUCAACCCUUAGCGCCGCAGACACUUGUGCUGCUUAAUCAGCUGUUACAGCAGAUUAAAGUGUUGCAGCAAUUGGUGCAACAGCAUACUUUGGCGAUUUCUAAAGGCAACUCCUCACUUGCAAUGCAGUAUACAUUGCAAAUAACGAAAGCGAAGCAGCAAAUUACAGCAUUACAAAACCAAAUAGCGACACAGCAAGCCUUGUACAUGAAGCAACAAGCUGGUGGAGCAGACCUGUUCAAACAGGCCCAUGAUCCGCUUGUACAUUUACAGAACAAUUUUAGUGAUAUGAGCAUUACAAAGGACUCUCAAUCGGCCUAUGGUGCAAGUGGAAAUCAGCAGUCGCGCCUUAACCAGUGGAAGUUGCCUUCACUUGACAAGGACAGCGACGGUUCAGAGUUCAGCCGAGCGCCUGGUACAGCCAAGUCUACCACCAGCCCUCAGUUAAAUCAACUUGGAUUACAGCCUGAUACUACAUGGGGUGUUGGACGUAGUACGGAAGGUUGGGGUGAUACUGGUGCUGAUGUGGCUGAUGGAAAAGAUGCAUGGGGUUCGCAUCCUGCGCAUCAACCUGUUUAUGAUCUUGUGCCUGAGUUUGAACCUGGCAAACCAUGGAAGGGCAAUCAAAUGAUGAAGAAUGUAGAGGAUGAUCCAGCAAUGACACCGGGCUCGGUAGUCCGCUCACCACUUUCUUUAGCUACGAUUAAAGACACUGACAUGUUGGGAGGAAAGACUUCGCCUCCAGGGGGGCGAACGCUCUCUUUCUUCUUCCACUUGGAGCUACGCUCCGCCCGUUAG